UUUUAACCUGUAUUUUUUAUGUACGGUAUAAAUAUAGACUAUUUUAAUUAAGAAAUAUGAACUUAGAAUAUUAUGCUAUUUUUACUCUGAUGUUAAUGUUUUACAUUUUUAAUAUAUUCGGAAUUAGCCCAUUACAAGUGUUGAAAAGUGGAAUUGUGAUCGUGUUCAUUCCCUUAUUUAUAUUCGCAAGUUAUUCUCGAAUGAGGGAUUAUCUUGCAUAUUUCACUUUAUGGUUUUCCCUAUUUGAUUUGAUUUUUCUUAAAACAACCAUAGAACUAUUAAGAUGGCUGUGCGAAAAUUUGCUAUAUAUUCCCGACGAAAAUUUCUGGCUGGAUCCAUUUGGAAUCUUAUCAACUUUUAUAUUUUCACUUAUAAGCUACAUCAUGAUUAGUACUGUUUUUAAAAUAAUCUUUUUACAUUUCUUUCUGAAUUACAUCGAAGACAUUGAAAUAAUUUGAUGUAACAAAUGAUGAAUUUUAAAAGUUGACAUUGACGUAUUACAUAGUUUACGAAUUUUAAAUUGUGAUGACGAUUUUAAUUUUGUAUUAUUGUUGUUUUUUUAAUGACAUUAUUGAAUAAACACUGCAAUAAAAGUUUGUUUGUUAUAACACGCUUUACGCUGCAUACUAUUUAAUAAUUAUUUAAAUUAAAUUCCAGCAUCUCCCAUUGUGGUCGCUAUUGGAAGGGUCCUGUUUGUUAUUUAUUUGUCAUUGUAGCUGAA